AUGGCAACUGGGAGAUGGGAUGUCAGCGAAGCACAUGGCGAUCGAUGGACUGUCGUGUUUCGGGACAGUGAUCUGGCGGCUGACACGACGCUUCUAGCCGAACAAGGGCGAGCCAUCUCUGUCUCAUCUGACGUCUCCCUCCAACUGCCAAUGCGCAUCAAGGAGAACUUGAAGCAUGCGGCUGUGGAGAAUGAGCUUCGCAACAAGCGUGACAAGGACGCCAUCUAUAGCCGCAUUGCCCAGAAUGAGCUUAAACAGGGUGAUACGUCCAAUCGACUUGCCAAGCUUGAAAAGGAUGUCGAGGCACUUCGUGAUGCUGGAAGUGGUGGUGGUGUGGGGCCUGAUGCUGCCCAUGGUCAGUCUGAUCCUUGGCUGGCUUACCGUGCCAAACAUGGCCCACUUCCUCCCAAAGGUCAUGUGGGUGCUCCAUUGCCUUCUGGAGGAGAAGGACGCGAUUCUGGUGCUUCCCGCGACAAGCUCAGCGAGGAGGAAGAGCGUACGCUGGUUCUGGGUGGAUGGGACGUCAGAGGACUUGUGGAUGCACAGGAGCUCACUGUCUAUGGUCCAAGAAGGUCCUUCGGCUUAUUGCGCUUCCAGGUCCGGGAUAACGAGCAACAGUCGGAUGUGCGCGAUCGCAUGUGGAAGGUGAAUCAGGCGGAUCCUCUGUGCAGCGUCAACCGAUCUCUAUAA